CUCCCCUGCAGCUCCUGCGGACGCACCGACGAAUCGACUCGCACGCUGGAAGCGAAUGAGUUGCCAGGGCGCCGCGCGGCCGAGAAGCCCGGCACGCCAUGCAAUCCCUGGCCCCCGCCGGCCGGUGCCCUACGGCCCUCACCCUUCCCGCACCCUGUGCUGGACGCUCUCCACGGCCUAGCCUGCGCGCUGCUCUUCCCGGCCUACUGGGCCCUGGACCAGCUGCUGGGCUACUGGGCGCCGGCGGCGCGCCCGAGCGGCCUGAGGUGGCUGAGCGCAGCGGCGGGCGCCGGAGCGUCUCUGCUGCUGCUGCUGCUCGUCGGCCUGCCCCUGGCACUGCCGGGCCUGCUGCUUUGGCUGCUGCUGCAGGUCUGGCGCCGCCCCUUCUGCUACCAGCCACCUCCGCAGUGCUGGGCGCCCCCCGCGCCCUGGCGCCCCCCAACUGAGCCCGCGCGCUGCUUCGGCUUCCUCAGCGCCAACCUGUGUCUGCUCCCCGAUGGGCUGGCGCGCUUCAGUAACUUGCAGCACGGCCAGCGGCGGGCCGAGGCCGUGGGCGCUGUGCUGCUCGCCGGCCUGCGUCCCUCGCGCUAUGGGACUACCGGCUGCAGCCCGCCAGGGCCAGGGGCGCCGUGUGGAAUGCUGAUAGCCGCGGUGCCGGCGGGUCUGGACUUCGUGUGCCUACAAGAGGUGUUUGAUCUGCGUGCGGCACGCCGCCUGGUAAGCCGCCUGGCGCCCAAUCUGGGCCCGGUGCUGUACAACGUGGGCACGUUCGGCCUGCAGCCUGGGCCGCAUCUCAAGCUGCUAGGUAGCGGGCUGCUGCUGGCCUCUCGCUACCCCCUGCUGCGCGCCGCCUUCUGGUCCUUCCCCCACGGGCGUCGCGAGGACGCGCUGGCCUCCAAAGGACUGCUUUCCGCACAGGUACAUCUGGGCAUCCUGGAUGGGCGCCGCAUCGUAGGCUUCCUGCAUUGCACUCACUUGCAUGCGCCGAGUGAGGAUGGGCCCUUGCGUUGUAAACAGCUGACGCUGCUGCUGGACUGGGCCGAGCAGUUUGAGGCCGAGAGCCGCCAGGGAGACGAUGCCGUGGCCUUCAGCGUGUUGCUAGGCGACCUGAACUUCGACAACUGCUCGCCAGACCAUGCGCAGGAGCAGGAGCACCAGCUCUUUAGCCGCUUCCGGGACCCCUGCCGGCUGGCCAAGCGCCGGGAGCAGCCCUGGGCCCUGGGAACGAUUCUGAACACCUCCAUGCUCUGCCACUCAGUGGCCUGCUCCCCGGAGAUGCUGCGGAGGGCCCUGGAGCAGGAGGAAGGGCGCCACCGUUACCUGGCAGGCCCUCCCAGAGGAGGCCACCGGGCUAAGCCCUGGAGGGGCCGGCGCCUGGACUACAUCACAUACCGGGGAGUGCCCGGAGGCCCGCUGAACCCAGAGGUGGAACAGGUGACAUUCAGCACCGCCCUGGCGGGGCUCACAGACCACCUGGCCGUGGGACUUCGGCUCCGAGUUUCGAUGUCCUCCUAAAGCAGGCACGAAGGCAACAGGUGUGAGGCCGGUGGGAAGACGGACAGGACGCAGAGCGUGAGCCCGGCCAGUCGCCGUGGGAACAGGGCGGCUUAAGGGAUCUUUAUUAUGUGGGCCCUUCUCACACAGCCUCCUGGGCCCUGCGGUACUCAUAGACGCUGCCGCGCUCAGGGAAGGCUGGAGGCUGCGGGGGCGACCCGGGUGGUGGGGCGGGGUCCUCCGGGUCCCCGUAGCCCCCGCCGCCUGGUGUGUGGAGGCAGAAUACGUCCUGUGGAGCAGAGAACCAGAUUCAGCGCGGGCAUGGACCCCGCCCUGCCUCCCGCUGCAGUCCCAUCCCCCACCGGGUCAGCGCAUCCAUAGCGGCUGGCCUGGACCACCGAGGCCCGGUGCGCGGCCCCUCCGUCCUUCGGGAGCCAAAUUAAACUCAGUCUCUGGUUAUAUUUGCAA